AUGCUUAAGCGCUUUUUCUCGUCCAGCACUGCCAAAAUGGCCGCUGAUAAGUCUAGGUUUGUUCCUACCUCAGGUUCAUAUCCGAAGGGGUUCAAUGUUGGCGCUCUCGCUUCUGGAGUCAAGAAGAACUCCACGCUUGAUUUGGCAUUGCUGCUUUCCGAGAAACCGGCAUCCGCUGCUGCUGUUUUCACAACUAACAAGUACAAGGCCGCACCUGUGGUUGUAUCCAGACAAGUUUUGGAUCAAUGUGGCGGCGAAGGAAUCAACGGAGUGGUGAUCAACAGUGGAUGUGCAAAUGCUGUGACUGGAGAAGGAGGACUCAAAGAUGCCCGUUCCAUGGUUGCUCAGGUCGACAAGCUUAGUGGAAGUGCAACAGCAUCCACUCUUGUGAUGUCCACUGGUGUAAUUGGUCAGAGACUCCAAAUGGACAAGAUCUUGCCUGGAAUCGACAAGCUCGGCCAAACUCCCGGUUUGCUAGGAUCCGACCACGACCAUUGGCUGACCUGUGCCAAAGGUAUCAUGACCACUGAUACCUUUCCAAAGUUGGUAUCUAAGAGUUUUGAAAUCGAUGGUGUUCAAUAUUCGCUUGCAGGUUUGGCCAAGGGAGCAGGCAUGAUCUGUCCCAACAUGGCCACUUUGCUUGGAUUCUUUGUCACAGAUGCUCCUGUGGCUCCAGCUGCUCUAAAGUCCAUCCUCACACAUGCAGUUGAUCAUUCUUUCAACUGUAUCUCUGUUGAUGGAGAUAUGUCCACUAAUGACACCAUUUCCGCUCUUGCCAAUGGAGCUGCUGGUGGAAACGAGAUUACUGAAGACUCUCCAUCUUAUGAAAUUCUGAAGCACGAAAUCACCGCCUUCUCGCAGCAGCUGUCGCAGCUGGUUGUUAGAGAUGGUGAGGGUGCUACCAAAUUUAUCACUUUGCGUGUGGAAGAUGCUCUUUCCUAUGCAGAUGCCAGGGCCGUUGCUGCUUCUAUUGCCAACUCUGCACUGUUCAAAACCGCCAUGUACGGAAAAGACGCCAACUGGGGCCGCAUUCUCUGUGCCACAGGCUAUGCCGGAGUUGAAGUUGAGCCCACCAAGACGAGCGUCUCUUUCAUCCCCACUGACGGUUCUGCUGAGCUUAAGCUGUUGGUUGAUGGAGAACCUGAGAACGUUGACGAGGCCAGAGCAUCUGAGAUCUUAGAAGCUGAGGAUCUGGAAAUCCUUGUUCAGCUCGGCACUGGUGGUGGCCAGGAAGCUCAGUUCUGGACCUGUGAUUUUUCGCACGAGUAUGUGACGAUUAACGGUGAUUAUCGUAGUUAG